GGGAAUAAUGAGUGCAGCAAGUACUACCUCUGUCUGGAGGGGGAAGUGUAUGAGUUCAAGUGCUCCGUCAGUUUGCUCUUCGACAUCAACAGACAAAUCUGCGAUUUCAAGAGCAACGUCUUCAGCUGCGACGUGCGAAUGCAGGUGACAACAGCCAAGCCGCUGUUGAGCACCGACAACCCCAUAUGUCCCCCUGGGGAGCUGGCCUGUGGGGAUGGCGUGUGUCUUCCCCGACACCUCUUCUGUGACGGCCAUGUUGAUUGUGAUGACGAGAGUGAUGAGGGAUGGUGUGACGCUCAUCACGAUCCCAACGCGGCCAAGUUAUGCGACCCGCGCAACUGCAGUCUGCCCGACUGCUUCUGCAGCAGAGAUGGCACGCUGGUGCCCGGAAACCUGGAGCCUAAACAGGUACCACAAAUGAUCACGAUAACAUUUGACGACGCAGUCAACAACGAGAACUGGGAGCUCUACGAACGUCUCUUCAUGAAGGACCGUAAGAACCCUAACGGCUGCCCUCUGCACGCAACGUUUUACGUGUCGCACGAAUUCACGAACUACGCAUACGUGCAGAAGCUGUGGAACCUCGGGCACGAAAUUGCCGUGCAUUCAAUCACACACCGCGGUCCUGAGAGCUACUGGAGCCACAACGCCACCAUCGAGGACUGGUUCGAUGAGUUCGUAGGACAGGCCAACAUCAUCAACAGAUUUGCUGGGGGCAAGAUGGAGGAUUUGUGGGGUGUCCGUGUACCGUACCUCCGUGUAGGCUGGAACAGACAGAUGAUCAUGAUGCGGGAGUUUGGCUUCGUGUACGACUCCUCGAUGGUGGCCCCGUUCUCGGACCCCCCGCUGUGGCCCUACACCCUCGACUACCGCAUCCCACAUACCUGCAUCGGUACCGGCCAACGCUGCCCCAGCCGGUCCUUCCCCGGCAUCUGGGAACUCGUCCUUAAUCAGCUCAAGGCGGGGGAGUACACAUGUGCCAUGUUGGAUCAAUGUCCCCCUUUCCACGACGAGGACCAGGUGUUUGAGUUGCUCAUGCACAACUUCCACCGCCACUACAACUCCAACAGAGCGCCAUACGGCCUAUUCUUCCACACCAUCUGGUUCAAGUAUAAGAAAAACCAACGCGCCUUCGAGCGUUUCCUGGACGCGAUGGCUAAGCUGCCCGACGUGUUCAUCGUCAAUAACCAAGAAGUUAUUUCCUGGAUGAGGGAACCGACGCCCGCCUCGCAAAUAAACACCUUCGAGCCGUGGAAAUGUGGCAAGCAGGUGCCCAUGGAGGACAAGGCGUGUAACCUGGAGGAGGUGUGUAAGCUGCGCAGUCCCGCGGUGCGGGGUGACCGCUGGCUGCAUACCUGCUUUGAGUGCCCCCAGGUCUACCCCUGGAUCAAGAACGAGUUCGGCAUUGAUCUUAAAUAAGUUUAUUAAAUAAUAAUAUUUAAAAGUUAUUUCUUGUA